GCAUAUUGUGUGCAUGUUGCGUAGUCGUGAGUGCGUAUAUUGUUAAUAUGUAGUGUAUAUUGUGUGUGUGUGUGGUAUAUACGGUGUAUAUAGUAUACUGAUGUACAUUGUGGUGUUUUGUGUGUGCGUGUUGUGUAGUCGUGAGCGGGAACCCUCUGGGCGACUCGGGCAUGGCGAGUGGGGGCCUGUCGGGCCUGCGCAGCCUGGCUUAUCUGCGGGCCAGCGAGUGCAACCUCACGGCCGUGCCGCAGGGACUUCCGCCGCAGCUGCAGGAGCUCUACCUGGACUCUAACGCCAUCAAGACGGUGAGGAAGGACGACCUCAAGGGCCUGACCAAACUCACCAGGUUGGGCCUGAGUGACAAUGCGGUGAAGUCGGUGGCGGCCGGGGCUCUGGAUCUCUCCUCACUGCGGGAGCUCCACCUCGACCACAACGAGCUCAGCAGCGUGCCACCGGGCUUCCCCACACUCAAGCGCCUGCAGGUGAUCUUCCUGCACGACAACAAGAUCGCAUCCAUCUUCAACGACUCGUUCUGCCCACCCGUGUUCAACCCCAAGAAGGCGCUUUACACCUCCAUCAGCCUCUUUGGCAAUGCGCUGCGCCCCUGGGAGGUGCCGGCCAGCGCCUUUAGCUGCGUUAGCGGGCGCGCCGCCCUGCACCUGGGCAACUACCGCAAGUGACCGACCAUGACAGCGCCAGCGCGACACUUGCGCUAGCGCGGAAGCAUCACUAGCAGCAGCAGUAGCACCACCAGUAGCACCAGUAACACUAAAAUCAGUAGCAUCAUCAACAGUAGCACCAGGAGCACUAACAGCAGUAACACCAACAGGUGUAGCACCAGCAGUAGCAUUAACACCCUUACCAUCACCAGCACCAGCUGGUGAGCUAGCAAGCAGCCAAUGAUACCGGAAGCAGCAGCAGCCGAAGCACAUAUGGCAGGAUCACUCGCAGCAUCCAGCAGUAGUGGGCACCAGCAGUGCUGGAAGAUCACCAGAAGAACGAGUAGAACGAGCAGCAUCAGCUGUGCACAGGCACCAGCAGCACUGGCAGAAGCAGCAGCACGAGCGGCGGGCACUCGUUGUGCAUGCGUUGCAUAACUGGCCUGAACCUACACCCUGCCCACCUGAGCGCGAGCCCACCGUCCCACCAACCGAACGACUGCUGGACGGACAGGCAGGCAGACAGACAAGGCACAGACAGACAAGACACACAGACAAGGCAGACAGAUGGAUGUACGUAGAGAGAAGUCGACACAACGCACAGACAGACGGACAGACUCGGCAAGAUAGAAAAGUAGCGACGUGGACAUACUGACAGAGGCCAACAGAUAAAGGUCCUCCGUGUAGCCUUAACAUACUGUUGGGGCAAGUGCUGUUAGCGAGCACCUAUGAAGGCCGGCACGGCACAUGAAACACCACACCCGGCCCCCUUUGCCACCCCAGUGGCGAUGUUUACACGCAUUGCUCCAGGUACUCAUUUGAGUCAAACUAGAAGGGAGGCCCAGUUACCGGGGUUCCGAUAACCACCGCGGGUGUCAAUGGCCAUGAGCGAGAAUCGAACUCGGGUCGCCGGGGUUCGUAGCGCAGCGCCAGCGGCACUCACUUCCCUGUCGCACCGCAGACGAGAGAGGCAGAAUAGACACACAGGCGUGUGCAAACAGACAGACAGACGGAUCAGACAGACAGGUGGACCAGACAGACACACGGACAGACACCGAGGCCAGCAGGGAGACGUGUGGACGGACGGACGGGCAGAUGCAGGAAUCGUCCAGAGCUGUUCCUCCUCUCGCGUGUGUAGCGGAAUCGCUAUUACCUGCCACCUGGAACCCGUUCUAUUAAAGGUUAAUAUCAGCA